AUGAGCCUGGGAGCAGCAGUGGCAGUGUCCACCAGAGAGCCCUUGAUAGGUCAUGUCCUGGACCAGAAUGAGCAGAAGUGGGACCUGGAGGGGGUGAUGAGGCAGGUUGUUGCUGGCACCACCACCAUUGAGGAGGAUCAGUUGGGAAUGGGCAUCAGCUGGGAAAUGUUGACCAGGGUGAAAAACCUGGAGGGGAAGCCCAUCAACAAAGUGAUUGUGCACCAAGCACUUGUCAAGAAGCUCAAGGAACAGGAAUGGGCCAUUGCCAAGAUGGAGUUGCUGGACAUGAGGAAACAGAUGAGGGCCAGCCCAUGA